AUGAUAAGAUCACAUAACACUAGAACAUUGCCAAUUGUCCACGGCGAUGAUAAUAUCAAAUAUGUCAUAUCUGCUGAAUUCGAUAAUAAACAAGGCGCAAUAUUAAAAUAUCAGUACCCUAAAUGCAUCCCCGGAUUUAAGACAAAUACUCAAGGUGCAUAUACAACUACAGAAGAUGGACACAUUUUAAAUAUUGCUAGUUUAAUGAUUCCAGAUAAUGUUGAAAGAAACCCCGGAAAACCAGACUUUACAAUGUUUAUUUUAUAUAGGGAUACACAAACACAGGAAUAUAAGUUGUUUCCAACUGUAGAACAUCCUACAAAUCAAUCAAGCAAUAUUAAUGGAGAUAUACUCUCUGAACAGGAUGAAAUUGAUGCCAAUAGUGAAAUUUCUGGGAAUUCUACGUUAAAUAUGGACGAAUCGGACAAUACAUUAUAUUUUUUAAAUGUAGUAAAUACCGUUAUUGAUGAAUCAAAUGAACGUGGUGCUAGCAUACAAGCAAUUGGUAUGGGAACCACCAUGAGAAAUUUUUUAAUAUAUAAACCUUUAAUUGUAAUGGUACUUCACUAUUAUAUGACAUACCCCAAACAAGAUAGAUUACAGGUGUUAAUUGACUUCUUCGUCAUGAUUAAUUCAUUAGAUAUAUCAUUAUUAAGAACAAUACAUUCAAGGUUUAGACUUCAAAGGAUAUUACAAUCAGUGACUGACAUGGAUGUACUUGACACUAUAUUCGAUCCAAGUAUGGUAAACUGUUCUAGGAUUAUGAAAUUUGAUAAAAAUAUUAAGGAGGAUUCAUUUGGAAAUGAGCUUAUUAUACAAAACGGUAAAAUAGCCCAAUAUUUCACCACAUUUCAUCCAGUAGUUUUAUCCGAGUUUCUUUCACAAUUACCUUUAAAGGCAAACUUAAUUAAGAUGGGUCCCAUACCUUUAGAAUUGAAUUAUAACAACAAAGUACUAAAAUUUCUUUCACUUGUAAUCCCUGAAAUUAAUAAGUUAGAAACUACUUCAUUUGUAAGAAAGUUAGUCAUAAAUUCAACCUAUUAUUCAAAGGACCUUAUUUCCCAAUUUGUAUUAUCAUUAUCAAACUUAUUGGGUGGACAUAGUCACGGUAAUUCUGUUCCAUAUUUUAAGGGACAUCCAGUUUUGUUUUUUCCAUAUAUGGAUAUAAGUAUGGUUGAUGCCUUAAGGAGUCACAUUGAACCAGAAUCUGACUUUGCGAAGUCUUUCGUAAUAAUUGGUACAGCAAACCCUAUAUUUAAAUUUCAACCUGAUAUAUGGGAUUUUUAUUAUGAUUUAGAUAAUGAAUUAUUGUAUAAUAGUGAUCAAGCAGGACAAGAAAAAUUAACCUUAAAACAGGAACUGAAAAAUGGAACAAGUUCCUUUAAAAAACUACUAGUGAACCCUCAUAGUACAACUUUUAGUGCUAUCCUAAACAAUCUUGAUGGCGAUUCAUCAGAUUUACAUUUCAAGAAUAAAACUGGUUUAACGUUGAAAUUUGUACAAUAUUUACAAGAUGGUAUGCAUAAUAAUGAAACAAUAAUGAGUGCUUUUAGAAGAAUCUGUAUUUUACAAAUAAUCGCUCUCUUACCAUCUGAUAAUAAUAAAAUAAAACCCUUCACAUCAAAGAAGGAUUCAAAUAACGAACUUUCUUUCAAAGAUGAGUACAUACACAAUUAUAGAGAUUUUGUAUUUUUUCCCCAUUAUUUUCAAUAUUCGAAUAUCCAAAUAAUCAAACAAAUGAAUACAUUAGUGCUUACUUUAGAUAAUUUGAAGUCGCUUGAUUUACCAGUAACAUCUACGGAGAAAAUAUAUUCCGAAAUAUCGAUAAUAUAUGAGAUAAUUAAGAAUUUCUUUAUUACCGUUUGUGCAAAUAAACAAAAUUUAGAUCAUUUCAUAGAUAUCCUUUUGAAUUUUCCAGAUUUACAAUUGAGUACUACAUUUAAUCUAAGAACACAAGAUUUUAACAGAUUAGAUUUAGAGAAAAUAUAUAAAUCUAAUAAACAAACAAACUAUGAUGGCAAUUCGAAUGAGUCGUUAGGAUUCGUGGACAAUUUUAUUAAAGUAAAUGGGUUCGAGUAUAUUGCAACAUUCCUUUCAUUUAGCAUCAACAAUACUAAUACUCUAUUUUCUCCCUCGUUACAUCUAAAAUAUAAAUCCACCAUUGGACGUUCAAGAUCACUUAAAAAUAUUUUUUCACUAAACCAAAUAACAUCAUCAAAUUCCCACCUGGACCACUCAUCUCCUGGAGGAUCACCCAAGAAAAGAAACACUAUUUCUAAUCCUAACAAAAAUGUUGUCGGUGGCUCAAUUGUACUAGAAAAGAGAAUCGCUAAAAUAAAGCGUGUAAUUACGAAAUUGUUAAUUAAAAUAGAGAGACAUCCUAUUGGAACCAUAUUACUGGAAAAAUAUUUAUCAAAACAAUCAAGUGCACUUUUCACUAGUUUAAAAGGUGGUAUUAGCAAAUCAAGAGCUAUGAUGUUUGAAAAACCUCCUUCAAAAUUCAAUUCUAGACAUGUAACUUUACCCGUAUCUCAUUCCAGGAAGACCCUUUCUAAAGAUAUAAACACAAUUGUCGAACAUCCCGACGUAUCUCAAGAUUUUUCCAAUGACACCUUCGAUGACUCUGUAAAUAUAUCCAUGGAAACUGACAUAUUCAGAACUAUUUCAAAUGACAACAAGCAGGAUAGCGAAAUAUUCUACGAUGCACAAUAA